AAUUUACAAUGAUAAAGUAGUGACAGUUUGGUGGUAAAAUUUAAUCUCUUUCUAUUCGGUGGCAAAAUUAAAACUUCUUUUUACUAUUUAUUUUUAAUUUUACAUAUAAAUUAAAAGUAAAAUAAAUUCAUAAAUUAGAUAAAAUUAUAGGUAAUUUAACAUUAAAUCAAGAUCAUAAUAAAUAGUAAUUAAUGUUGAAAUUUCGAUGUGCCAAGUGAUUAGUAAUAAUGAGUGAAGCAAAUUUAUCUGCCUUGGCUGACGAUGAUCGAGACUAUGUAGACGCGAAAGAAGAAACUCCAAUAAAACAGAUAAACGACGCCCUCAGAGCUUGUGAAUUUGGUCGGUUCAACAUUCAAUUGUUAUUGACGACUCUAACAGGUUUCAUAGCUGGAGUUGCUGUCAGUAACACCACAUCGUAUCUGUUACCAAGUGCCGAAUGUGAUCUCAAUAUGAGCCUGCUGCAGAAAGGAUUUUUGAAUGCUGCACCUUAUUCAGGCAUGUUAUUUUCGUCGAUCGUUGCUGGCUUUCUGACUGACACGUUUGGGAGAAAAAUAUUUAUACACACAGGUUACGGGGGCAUUUUUAUAUUCACCGUAAUAGGGGGUUCGAGUCAAAAUUACGAGGUGCUCGUUACAGCGAAAUUCUUUGAAGGCAUGUUGUUUGCAGCGUCAUUCAGUGCUUGCGUGACAUACACAGCUGAGUUUUGUCAUAAUGGCAUCAGAGACAGAGUCCUAAUGGUACAGUCGUCGUUCAUUGGAGUCGCCCAGGUUGUAAUUGCCUUAUUAUCUUGGGGCAUAUUGAAGCAGGAAUGGACAUACAGCUUAUUUAACGGGUAUUUUGUUUUAAACACAUGGAAUUUCUACAUCCUCAUAAUGUCGCUGUGGUCAUUGUCCGGUUUCCUUCUGUAUCUAUUUUUGCCGGAAAGUCCAAAAUAUUUGGUAAUGCAAAAGAGGUAUUCAGAAGCGAGGAAAAUUUUAAUAAGAAUAUACAAGACAAACACUGGAAAUCCUGCAGAAAUGUAUCCUUUCAAGGAUAUAUGGAAAAAUCAAAGUAAAGUUGGGAAUAAAACAAAUGCAAUUCCAGAAAAGAAGUCAGCACUCUCCCAUCAAAUCGUCGAGGGCCUACAUAACAUAAAACCUAUGUUCCACAAACCUUUAGUGAUGUACUUGGCAAUGAUAUGUACUAUGAAUUUUAUUACUAUGGCAUUGUACAACGUAGUACGACUGUGGUUUCCUCAAGUCUCGACAGUGGUGGAACAUUACACCAGCACAAGGAACGAGGAUUUGUGCGUCAUGUUGGAUGCGUAUGCUAAGGAUGAAAAGUUAAAAGUGUAUAAUGUAACAACCGAGGAGUGUAUACCGAAUAAGAGCGGUGAUGAGACAUAUACCAACAGUUUAAUCAUAGGCUGUGUAUGUCUAUUAUCAAUGAUAGUAAGCAGUAUUUUAGUCAACAAAGUUGGUAAAAAGGUGUUGAUUAUAUCAGCAGGCGUUAUAUGUUGCUGUUCCACCUUGGGUAUAAGAUUCGCCAACUCCAAAACUAUUGUAGUGGUACUGUUCGCCUUAGAUACGUCGGUGUCACAAGCUAUCAUGGCAUUAAACCAAGCUAUUAUUGUUGAAACCUUCCCAACUACGACUAGAACUCUAGGCGUGUCUAUGAUAAUGAUGGUGGGACGUAUAGGAACCCUCGUCGGUAAUGUCACAUUUCCAAUACUUUUAAACAUGAGCUGCGAAAUACCAUUCUAUACAAUGUUUGGAUUUAUGAUAUGUGUAUUGAUCCUUGCAUUCUUCCUUCCAACUAAGAAAAAAAAUUAGGAUAAGCGUUCGAAAAUAUAAAUGCAGAUUAGCAAUUAAGUUAUUAUUUAAAAAAUAAAUGAUAAUGAAAAUUU